AUGGCACAAAGUGCCCUCACAAUCGGAGUCCUGGGACCAUCCGGUAUGGGAGGAUCUCACAUUGUUACGGAACUCCUGAGCCGAUCGCAUAGAGUUGUCGGAAUGUCUCGAAAUCCAGAGAAGAUUGGCAGUCACUCACGAUACGAACCUCGAUCAGUUGAUCUCGAGAAUGCUUCCAUUCAGGACAUUGGGAUAGCUCUCAGGAAUCUAGAUGUGGUGAUUUGUGCAUACGGCCCUCACUCUAGUGGCGUCGAUGCGAUGAAAUACAUGCCCUUUCUCGAGACCUUGCGGAAAAUCAUUCUUGCGUCCAAGUCGGCAAAGGUGGGUUAUUUCAUCAUGAUCGGAGGCUGCGGAAGUUUGUAUCUUCCAGGAACCAACAUUUGCGCCAUCGACAGUCCGGAAUUCUUCUUGGCCUAUUGGAGAUCAAUGGCAGACAGUUAUGCGCAUGUCACUUACUUGGAAAAACGGUUUGGCGACGGCGCUCCUCGUUCCGAUAUACGGGCCUAUCGAAGUGCUCGAGCAGCCCAGCUCGAAGGGAGAGAUACGCCGGAGGCGGAAUUCGUGCGAGAGAGUCAUGAGAGACGCGCCAGAGAGAACGACCAUGCAAGACCACUGAUCACCGCCUGCAGGACCUCACUCAUGUUCUUCGAGGGCAACACUUCGUUUGAUUGGACCUUUAUUUCUCCUCCUGCAAUGUAUCGCUCUGGUCGAAAAAUGGGCAAAUACCAGACAACCAUUGACUAUAUCCCUCUGAAAGGGGAGCAGGAUGGACCCGGCACUCUAGAAGGUCGACUGCUGGGUAUCACGACUUUCGAUUUUGCUGUUGCAGUGGCAGAUGAAGCGGAAAGGAGGCAAUUUAAGGGGAAGCACUGGUCGGUAUGGGGAGAGCUGAGUGAUGAUGAACCUGCCCCGUCCCCAUACAUCAAGAUUUCGGACCUUGAAGAUUCGUGA